AUAAUAAAAUAGGCGUGGCGCCCUAACCUGCUUGCUCCGCGGGGGUCUUAAUUGUUUGGUCUAUUUGUAUUUUCUCUUAGCUUCUUCGCUGCAACUGUUGAGUGGAAAAACAUGGAUAGCCACGGGAGGAAGAAGAAAAAGGUCAAGUCUAAGAAGGGAAGCAACCUUCAACUCUCUGAAAACGAUGAAAUGAUAAAUACUGUGGAAGAGAAGACUGAGAAGAAUGUACCUUCUGAGAAGAAGCAAAGGAAAAGAGAGAAAGUGAAAGCUGACGAUGUUAGCAAUGCUGUUCAGACUAAAACCCAAGAUAAUUCAAUUGAAGAAAUCAGAGUUAAAAAAAGGAACAGAGCAAAGAAGAAGAAGAUACCAAAAAGUGGUAAUGCUUCGAUUGGAAAAUUUGGUCAGUUUGGUGCUGGGGAUGAAGAUGGUGUCGAAAAAUUAAAUGGUAACUCUAAGAAAGCUAAGAAAAAGAAGGAUCAUGAAUCAUUGAAGGAGGAUGAAGAUUUAGCAGAGAAGAGUAUAGACGCUGAUCAGAAUGAAGUUUAUUUUAUCUCAUCCAGGGAUGAUGACAGCUCAAAAGGAAUGAAAAAAUGGACCACAGCAUACCAUCAAAGUAGACCAGGUUUGAAGGUCUUACAACAAAGAAUUGAUGAGUUUAUCACUGCUUAUGAAGCAAAACUUGAACAGGAAAGAAAAGAAAGAGAAGCUCUUGCUGCAGAAGGGGGAUGGACAGUUGUUGUGCAUCAUAAAGGAAGGAAAAAAACCUCAGAUACUGAAAGUGGAAUUACUGUGGGCUCUGUUGCACAGGCUGCUGUGGAGGAUAAGCUUGCCAAGAAGAAGAAGAAAGAGGUUGGGCUAGAUUUCUAUCGUUUUCAAAGAAGGGAGGCCCAAAGGAAUGAAAUUAUGAUGCUUCAAAGCAAAUUUGAGCAGGAUAGAAAGCGAAUACUACAAUUAAGAGCUGCUAGAAAGUUUCGACCUUAUUGAAUUUUAUAGACGCAUUAACAAGGCAAGGGACUUCAACUCUCAAAGCAACAGUUACGGUUUCAUCAAAGAUAAUGAACUGGGAAUUGUGGGGGCGGGGGGUGUGGGGGGUCUAUAUCAAUAAUUAGCAUACAAGCCCUUUCUUUUCAAAUUUUCAAUUUCUGGUUAGGUUUGCUGAAGAAAUCACAGGCAUAUUGAUAGAUACUAAUUAUUCUUGACAGUGUACAACCUUUGAACAAUCAAAAUCGGAUAAUUUGUUCCA